AUGUCUUAUCCAAAGCAGUUCGGAUCGCUACUCGAAGCGUCAUCUUACCAGAGCCCUGGCGGAGGAGCCAAAUAUGCGCCAAUGCGGAAGAAAAUCGUGGAUACCGCAGUCGAAAUGGGCUACGAUGCAGAGACCAUGGUAGAGGUUGGAGUUGUGUGGGCCGACGACCACGAUCCGUUCCAGCACAUCAAGAACCACCAGUAUCCGCACUGGGCGAACACCUGCAAUUUGCGCGUCUUUCAGUCCUUCGAGGCACAUUUGAAGGACAAAUUCAAGGAUUUGAUGGCUGCGCGGCAUAUCGGUGUCAUGGUGAAGGGUUUCAGCCUCGACUUGAAGGCUCCAGUCAACUUCCCUGACUCGAUCAUUGUCGCAAACCGCCUUGCAGAAGUGAAGCCGGAUCGAUAUAAAGGCGUCACUUCGAUGUGGUCACUAACCCAGGGAAGAAUAGUUGCAAACAUGGAGGGCUAUGUGGUAUUCUUUGACUACGACAAGGGCCGGCCUGCGAACUUGCUUGAAGCUGGGGGAGUCCACGCAGACCUGUAUCAUGCCCUUGAGGCGCGGAGGGCCCGCGAGGAGAAGCGCGCGCUGGACUGGGAGGCAAAGAACCCCAAGAAACUGAGAGCCAAGUUUUGA